UGUGGACCGGCACGUCCCACCAGAUACCUCUCAACUCACCCAGCCGCCACUGCUCUUGGAGUCACACACAUCAUGAACCAGACCCGCUGGACCUCGAAGAGAACUGACAUGCUCCCGGAGAUCGCCGCCGCCGUGGGUUUCCUCUCCAGCCUCCUGAGGACCCGGGGCUGUGUGAGCGAGCAGAGACUUAAGGUUUUCAGCGGGGCUCUCCAAGAGGCACUAACAGAGCACUACAAACACCACUGGUUUCCCGAAAAGCCGUCCAAGGGCUCCGGCUACCGCUGCAUCCGCAUCAACCACAAGAUGGACCCCAUCAUUAGCAAGGUGGCCAGCCAGAUUGGACUUAGCCAGCCCCAGUUGCACCGGUUGCUUCCCAGUGAGCUGACCCUGUGGGUAGACCCCUAUGAGGUGUCCUACCGCAUUGGGGAGGAUGGCUCCAUCUGCGUCCUGUAUGAAGAGGCUCCGGUCGCCUCCUCCUACGGGCUCCUCACCUGCAAGAACCAAAUGAUGCUGGGCCGGAGCAGCCCCUCGAAGAACUACGUGAUGGCAGUCUCCAGUUAGAUUCCUGCUACCCCAGCCCUGGCACUCUACUGUACUCAAUUCUGCCGUGACAACAGGCUAUUGCAUACCUCAACCUGGGGAACUGUAUUUUUAAAUGAAGAGCUAUUUAUAUAUAUAUUAUUUUUUUUUAAGAAAAGAGGAGGAAAAAAAAAAACCAAAAGAUUUUUUUAAAGAAAAAAAAUCCUUAAAAGGGAGCUGCUUGGAAGUGGCUUCCCCAGGUGCCUUUAGGAGAGAACUUUUGUGUGCUUGAGUCUGGGAGCCAGUGUCU